AUGUCGGCGUUAUCCCCUCACGAGGCUUCCUGUAUAACCUUUCAUUAUUUACGUGUGUCCCUUAAAUCGCGCAGAAAAACGGCGAUGUCUCAGCCAACAACAGAGUCGCCAUUUACUGUCGGUGCGUUGGGGAGUAGGGGCGCUGGUCUAUCAUGGCUCUCAAACUCCGGAAUUAUUAAGCUUAACCUAAUCCUUGUGCUGUUACAAAUCUCGAGCUAUGCAACAGGUUAUGAUGGAUCUAUGAUGAAUGGGCUGCAGUCCCUCACCACUUGGCAAAACUCUUUCAAUAACCCCGGGGCUUCUGAGUUGGGUCUUUUAAAUGCUAUACAAAAUGUUGGCCAGCUCAUCACCAUGCCUAUUUGCGCCAUCAGCUGCGACAAAUUUGGCCGCCGUCCAGUUCUCUUCGUUGGCGCCUUCGUUCUUUUAGUCGGCGUUGCUCUCCAGGCUGCGGCUCAAAACGUUGGGAUGUUCAUUGCUGCCCGAGGAAUCAUCGGGAUGGGUCUCGUGCUAAAUAUCACUGCGGCGCCGCUCCUCCUCCUCGAGUUAGCCUUUCCCCGACAACAGGGACCACAGGUAGCGAUAUACAACAGCCUGUGGAAUUUAGGUGCUCUGGUUGCUGCGUGGGUCACCUACGGCACGUUUCGCAUCAAUAGUACGUGGGCAUGGCGACUUCCGUCGCUCCUUCAAGGCCUCUCCAGUGUGCUCCAGAUUGGCCUUUGUUUCCUGAUUGAGGAGUCACCACGAUGGCUUAUCAGCAAAGAGCGCGACGAUGAAGCAAGAAAACUCAUUUGCAAGUAUCAUGCCAACGGGGACGAUUCCGAUCCUUUGGUCACACUAGAGAUGGAGGAAAUCCGCGUUGCUCUUCAACUUGAGAUGGAGGCGAGACGCACCACCUCGUACAUGACCUUUUUCCAAAGUAAAGGCAACAUUAGAAGAUUCUUUAUUAUUCUUUCUGUGGGGUUCUUCUCUCAGUGGAGCGGUAAUGGCCUAAUCUCAUACUACUUCACACUGAUUCUUGACUCAAUUGGCUACAAAUCGGAGAGCACUCAGACCCUUAUCAAUGCACUUCUCACACUGUGGUCAAUGAUUUGGAGUUUGGUAUUUGCCGCUGUGAUGAAUCGAUUUGGUCGGCGCACUCUCUUUCUUAUCUCUACCGCAGGUAUACUGGCUGUCUAUAUCGUCUGGACAGCCCUCGAGGCUGUGUACGAGAGAGGAGCGGGGCCGGAUGGAACUGGGGGUGAUGACCGUUACGCGACUGGCGUUCUAGCAAUGAUCUUCUUGUAUAAUUUCUUUUACUCCGUUGGCUGGACGCCUCUGCAAGUUACUUACUGCAUUGAGAUCUUACCCUUCGACUUGCGCGCCCGAGGUCUCGUUUUGUAUAACCUUUUCGUCGCACUUGCUGGUAUCUUCAACCAGUAUGUGAAUCCAAUCGGCGUGACGAACAGCAAGUGGAAGUUCUAUAUUACCUACGAUGUAUGGCUGGCAUUUGAGCUUGUGGUGGUCUACUUCCUCUUCGUGGAAACUGGCAGUCUCAGCCUGGAAGAAACCGCCGUUAUUUUGGAUGGGGAAGAAUACGGAAACAAGUUGAUUGGAACGGCUGCAUCUACAGCAGAGAGAGAAAUUGGCGAGAAAGCAAAAUUGCAAGCAAUUGCCAACAGCCAGGAGAUAGUGCCUGAGAAAUUCUAG